UUGGACCCCAACCUUUUUCGUGACAAAGAAGUUUUUAAUCAAUCUUAUGAGUGUCUUACAAGUCGUAAUUUGUUUUAGAUUAGCAACAUCCUGUUCUUCUUGUUCCCCCCUGUGCUAAUUCACCUCUUCCAAGAGUACUCAAAGUUCUUCAACCCAGCUAUCAAUGUUCUAUGGGUUCUGCUGAUGGUGGUUGGUAUGAGCUCUGCCUACUUUCAUGCGACCUUGAGUUUAGUUGGUCAGUUAUUGGAUGAGUUGUCUAUACUGUGGGUAUUUAUAGCAGCAUUCGCUAUGUUCUUGCCAAAGAGACAUUUUCCAACAUUCUUAGGAGGCAACCGACGAAGACUCGCGAUUUGUUCUAGCGUCGCUUCAGUGCUGUGCACCGGUUUCUUAGUCAUGCAGCCGGCGGCUAACGCUUUCGCGUUAAUGACACUUGUCGUACCUGCCCUUGGGUUCCUCUACAAAGAAUUAAACCUGGUGGAGUGUGCGCGUGUGUAUCGACUCGGCAUACGCUGUGUCAUCGUCUCCUUGCUAGCAAUACUCUGCUGGACCAUUGACCGAAUGUUCUGCGACGCCUGGCAGUCCAUCGAUUUCCCGUACAUGCAUGGAGUAUGGCAUGUGCUUGCAUUCAUUGCCAGUUACACUGCUCUUGUUCUCUUUGCAUAUUUCAACGUUAAUGAAGAAAGGCCUGAACAGAAACCGCAGCUCAAGUACUGGCCCGUAAAUGAUUUUGAAUUAGGUGUUCCAUACGUAUCAAUUAAACAUCCAUGCAAAAAUGGCGACGAUUUAGCAAUUUAGUUAUGAUUGCGUCGAGUCCUGAAUAGGUAUUGUACGUAUGCAGAAUUAAUGAGGCUGAUUAACAGUGACUAAUUACCUUAUCAUGAUGAGAGAUACUCCCAUAAUUUAUCAGAUCUGAUAAGGAAAACAAAAGACAUGUAGAUCAUAGUCAAUUUGUGAGUUAAAGCGUUGUUUAAAUGAAGCCAAAAUGUAUUUUUAAUAAGUGGGUACUAAACCCGAUUACGAAAUUUAGCAAGUAUUUGGCUAAGGGUUGUAGAGUUUGAUACCUUUAUUACUUAUUACAUUUGGACUGAGGCGUUACGGUCUUAGCGUCUUUUGGCCAGAGAAUAUAUUUUCUGUUAACAUAUCC